GCCUCCGGCUCUGGAGAGAUCGCCGGAUACUUCUCCACUUCUCUCUCUCGGCCUGAAACUCUGGCGAGUCGACCUCCCUAAAUGAGAGACAAAUGGGUGGCGGGAACGCACCGAGGAGGCUCUCCGGGAUGCAGAAGCAGGUGCUCGCCCUCUACCGUGGGUUCCUCCGGGCGGCCCGCUCCAAGUCCCCCGACGAUCGCCGCCGCAUCGACUCGGUCGUCUCGUCCGAGUUCCGCCGCAACGCCCACCAGGUAGACCGCAAGAACUUCCUCUACAUCGAGUACUUGCUCCGCCGGGGCAAGAAGCAGCUCGAUCAGCUCAAGAGCCCCGACACCACCGGGUUGUCUUCUCUCAGUUUCGCCCCGCCUUCUCAAUCGGUAGGCUCGCACAAGUAGCGAGUUUCAGUUUUCAGGGUCGUAUUCUAUCUGGACCUAAGUCAAACUGCUCAAGUGAUGAUUGCUUUUGGGGAAAAGUUUUAUUCCGCUCCGGAGAAGUUCGAGUCCAUGGUGAUUUGAAUGUGUUGGAGUAUUGCAUCGUUUUUGCUGCUCAAGUUCUUUUUUUUUUUUUUUUGAUAAAUUUGAGGUGGGCGAUGAUUGGCCAAAUGCAAUGCUAACCCCCACUGUAAUCUGUAACGACCUUGGUUUCAGUUGUCCAUUUAUUUACCGGAAUAAAUCUUCCAUUUCCUCUCA